UCAGAUUUUGGUGAAAGUGCUACUCCGGUUGCACAGAUGCACAAACAAAACGCGGGUUCCUCUCUGUGGUGCCCGUUACAUUAAAGGACCAAGCGAAAUGCUAACCUGCAAACUGGAGUCUGUGCAUCGAAACCUGCUGCAAUGAUGAAGAGUUAAGCGGGUGAAUAUGAACAGCAGUGAUUUUCCAUCGACCUGCAUUGUAGCUAAUGUUCCAGCAGGAAGCUGCUGCAGGCUGUGUGACAUUAGCCAGCUAGCUAGCCCCCAAGUGCUAGUGCUAGAUGCUACCCAGCUAAGUGACUCCCAGGAGCGUGCAGUGUAUCCUCUGGAACCAUGAUGAUGGCCUUCAAGGUCUUUGAAGAAGAAUCCACCUUUGCGUUACCGUGUGUACUCACGUGAAAAUGGAAGAUGAUGUUGGAUUAAUCCCCGUACCCCAAAGGCACAGAAUGUUUAAGGUCCAAUUUGAAGAUGAGAAACCCGCCUUCCAUACGAACCAGAAGCCUCCUGGUCCCUCAGAACCAUUUGUUCUGUCAGGAGCCAUUCAAGUGCCAUACACUAUUAACAGAUACCUACGAGACUACCAGCGAGAGGGGGUAAAAUUUAUCUAUCACAGCUAUGUGAAGUCCAGAGGUUGCAUCCUGGGUGAUGACAUGGGCCUAGGAAAGACCAUUCAGGUUAUCAGCUGCUUGGCUGCCAUUUUGCAGAAAACAGGGACAUGGCAGGAUGUUGAAAAUAACAGGCCAGAGUUUUUGCAGUCACAGGUGCCAUCAAAACAAUCCAAAGUUAAGAAGGUUUUCCUCAUUGUGGCUCCCCUGUCUGUGCUCUACAACUGGAAAGAUGAGCUGGACACUUGGGGCCAUUUCAAAACAGUGGUUGUCCAUGGUGUGAGGAAGGAGGAAGAAUUGGCCCGUGUGAACAGAGGAAGAUGUGAGAUCGUCCUGACAACAUUUGAGACGCUAAGACUCUGUCUAGAUGAGUUCAACAGUCUUGACUGGGCCGCUGUCAUUGUGGAUGAAGUUCACAAGCUAAAGAAUUUCAAAUCUCAGAUCACUCAGGCAAUGAAAGGUCUGAAAUGCAAAGUGCGUGUGGGACUGACUGGUACAAUCUUGCAGAACAACCUGGAGGAACUCUGGUGUGUCAUGGAUUGGGCCAACCCUGGAUGCCUCGGGUCACUCGGUAGUUUUAAGAACAGGUUCUCGGAACCUAUUGAACAGGGACAGAAACACAGUGCAACCAAGAGAUCACUGGCCGAGGGCCGCAAGGCCGUCCAGACUCUGGCUACACUUCUGUCCCGCUGGUUCCUCAGGAGAACCAAAGCACUCAUUAGUGACCAGUUACCAAAGAAAGAUGACAGGGUGGUGUACUGUUCCCUGACGGAUUUCCAGCAGGCAGUAUACCGUGCUGUGCUGGACACGGAUGAUGUGAGGUUGCUGUUGCAGAGCUCACAGAAGUGUCCAUGCAGCAGUGGACUCACCAGGAAAAAGUGCUGCUACAAGCUCAAUUCAGACGGUGUCCCUGUCAGACACAUGUACUUCAGUUAUCUGGCUAUACUGAGGAAGGUCUCCAAUCAUGUAGCCCUGCUGCAGUCUAAAGAUGGAACCAGUAAAAAACAGGAGAAAUAUGUGACUGCUAUCUGUGAGCAAGUCUUCAAGAAGUUUCCAGACUUCACAGAAAGAUGCAAGCAGGCUGCAUUUGAGGCCAUGUCAGACCCCAUCUACAGUGGAAAAAUGAAGGUGCUGCAAAGGCUGCUUAAUCACUUUAUCACAAGGAAAGACAAAGUUCUCCUUUUUUCACUUUCCACAAAGCUCCUGGAUGUUUUGGAGAGCUAUUGCAUGGCUGAGGGUCUGGAGUACCGCAGGCUAGAUGGAAGCACCAAGUCUAAAGAUCGCAUCCACAUUGUCAAGGAAUUCAACAGUGCCAAUGAUAUUAACCUGUGCCUUGUGUCUACCAUGGCUGGUGGUCUUGGACUUAAUUUUGUUGGGGCUAAUGUCGUUGUCCUGUUUGAUCCAACGUGGAAUCCAGCAAAUGACCUUCAGGCUAUAGACAGGGCAUAUCGCAUUGGUCAGUGCAAGGAUGUGAAAGUUUUUAGGCUUAUCUCUUUGGGCACAGUAGAGGAGAUCAUCUAUCUACGCCAGAUUUACAAACAGCAGUUGCAGUCCUCAGUGAUUGGAAAUGAAAAUGCAAGACGCUACUUUGAGGCAGUGCAAGGAGUAGAUGGCCAAACAGGAGAGUUAUUUGGGAUCAGGAACCUCUUCCGCCUCCAGACUGACGGAACUUGUCUUACACGCCGCAUCCUGGAGAGGGAGGGCCAUGUUGAGGUGGGGAUCAUGACAGCCAGUACACAGGCAACGGAUGAGAGGGUGCAAGAGCUGCAGGAUCCAGUGUGUGUAUCGGCAGAUCUCUCCACACAACAGGAUAAUAGACCAGCAGCAGCAUAUGGUACCAGUGCCAGGUUCUCUAAUGCUGAAGUUCUGGACUUUAGCAGCACUAGUGAGGAUGAGGAUCCUUGCGGCUCUAGAUCAAAAGCCACAUACCCAAAAGCAGGAGAGGAGUUUGGACCCAGCACUGGCUCUGCUGCAAAUAUGAAUCUAUCUGCUCUGCUGAUGAAACAUAUGACUAGUGGGAUACAAAGGAGCUCAGAGAGCAGUGAAGACAGCCAGUCUGAUACAGACUCGAAGGGCUUGAACCUAGAGGAGACCAAGGUAGCUAAGGGGAAAACAGAAUGGUUCCUUUCUAGUGACUCAGAGGAAGAGAGGACCGAAGCAAAAAAGGUCUGUGACCAUGUCUGCAUGGAGGAGUCAGAAGACCUAGAAAUUUUUCCCAACCACUAUACUAAAGCACAACAGAGAGAUAGAGGCAAUACUAACAAGGAACAGAGGCCGGAUGGGGCAGUAUUGGCAGUACAGAGACAGAGACGUACUGAGGAGGUUGAGAGUUUUGACUCAUCAGAAGACGAAGCUCCAGUGAGAAGGGUGAAGUUUAAGAAAAGUCUUCGACGCCCGUUUCGUGCACAGAAUUCAGCUCAAAAAUCAGUUCAGUUCACAGGUUUAAAAUGCCCGACAACACAUUCCCGAAAGUCACAAAUCAUAGAGGGUACCAGCACCGGCACCAUAGACACAUUAUUAGUUGGGCUGCAGGAAGUGAGCUAUACCCACUCCAAUCAGAAAUUGGUCGGCUCGAGCAGGGCAGAGAACCGCCUCAGUCGUGCUGCUUUACAGGAUGUGUUUGAACUGAGCAAGCACUCUCAGCUCCCAGCAAACCAUCUCUAUGACAUAUCUGAGACCCAGUCUGGAAUCCCCCAGUUAUCUGAGCUCACAAAUGGUGGAGAGGAAGAUAUGCCAGAAGGUCAUGACAAGACUUGUCUGAAACAUCAGGUCACCCACACCAUAGAAACUUCCCUCCAUACCAAAACUGCAACUAUUAGUGUUGGCAAGACGCCCGCUGCUGUCCGCAUGCAGCAGCUGGAAGAAAUGGCAAAGUUCUUCAGAGCGACGUCUGUGCAAGCGUUUGCAGAAGAGCUUGUGAAGAGCAGCUCAGCACAGCGACUGAGCAAGCUGUGUGAGUUCUAUAGCCACAGCAGCCCUGAGCUUACUGACAGUAUCCAAAAGACCUUUCCUGAACCUGUGACUGAGCUGAAACCAAGUACUUCACCUCUCACUGCUAAGUGCAGAAUGUCUCGACAAAGGCCUACCUCAAAAAGAACCCUCUUAAACUCAGUUCAGAAACCUCAGGAUGAAGCAGAAACAGGAGCCUCACAAAAGAAGAGAAGAACUAAGGCACAAAGUGCUAAAGAUGCCCAUCAUCACUGUGUUAGUCAGGUUGAGCUUAAAAAUGACUGUAUGUCUUUGCCAGACUCAAGACGAAGUCCAAGAGAGAAAUCUUUUAGAACGUCUACAGACAUUCAUCCUCACUCCCAAAAAAAUGCUAAUCCGCGCAGUUCUUCCACAACUACUUCCACUACUGAAUUGUCACCUUUCUCUAGAGAUGACCAAGCAGACCAAAACUCAAACCCAACCCUUAUUAGUGACCUCAUAGGUGACACAUCCAUUCUAGAUGACCUCUUCAAGCAAAACAGAAGCGCGGACCGGCCAAAGCCAGCAACAGCACCCAUUCCAUCACCCACUGAGAGGACGAAGAACAGGAGUAAAGACUUCUGGGACAUUUUGAAUGAGGGGAACGAGGAGAGCAUCAAUAAGCUAACAGAUCUAUCUCAGCUGGAGAAGGUUUGCAGGAGUGUUAAUGUGUGUGCAAAGUCCAGAAGUGAAAGCCAGCUUGAAAGCUCUCAGCUCUGGAAGAAGAAUGAGAAAUUCCUUUGGAAAAGAUAGAAGAAGUUUAGAAGCUUUUUUUGUGAAAUGUGAAAUUACAAAGAAUGGUUUACAAAAUAUUCUCAUUUUUAUACAGUAAUGUUUUAUUUAAGUGCAUUUGGUUUUUAUCUGAUUAUUAAUUAUUGUAGAACUGUUACUAGUCCAUACUAGUGUUUUAACUGAUGUUUAAGACAUUUUUACCUGCUUUUUCUGAAUCAGUGCUGUUAAUGUGUGAGAAUACACUACAGCCCAUUUGAAUGGUAUGAAAAAUCUGUUUCUGUCUCUGUUUUCAGUCUGGAAUUAUGUGCGAAGCCUCUGGAAUUGUUAUAUUGCUAUUCAAAUACAAGCGUGAUCAAAACAUACACCCCAAGUUGGGCUUUAAAUUAUGGAAGCCGAUGCUAGCAGAGUCUCUGAUCCCAAAGUCUCAGAGAAAGUAGUGUUUUUGGUGUAGUAGUUUCAACUCUCUGCUUAUUGUUUUACCUUUUUAAGCACUGCUUAGCUUUUGCUGCUUUUCUCUCAGUGCAUAACACUUGCUUUUUUCUUCUUUUUUCUUUUUCUUUUUUUAUCCACAUCUAACCUUCACUUGAGCAGAAGAUCCCCACAACGUCAUGGUAGCAUGAAUAGUGUCUUAAGUGUCAAAGGAAUAGUGUGCUUAAGGUCAUUACCAUAGAUGGAUUCAUCUAUACGUGCACAAGCCCCCAUUUGAACAGCCUAAAUAAUAAUCAUUAAUGACUGAUGACUCAUGUUAUAUGAAUCAAACCUCCCUCUACAACAGCCACACACCACCACAGCCAAUGUGAAAAAGUUUAUUAAAAAUGGCGGGCAGCCAUGUGGCUCUUACAGUGUGGCUCGGGUCCAGCCUGACUGAACUUGAUAUUGUGCUAUGUGUGUGAUGGUGUUUCUGGGAAUUAUUCCGUUACCACACUGUAAGGGAGUGCUGCAAAAAAGUAAGUUAGACUUGACUGGGAUAAAGACCCUUUUUGCACUGUUUUGCUUUGUAUAUUUGUCCAUGCUGGGUGGGGACGGACUGAGUGUAUAUAUAUAUAUAUAUGUGUGUGUGUGUGUGUGUGUGUGUGUGUGUGUGUGUGUGUGUCAGUUUAGCGACACAGCUGUGCCUGAUGUUAGGCUGAAGUAAGCAAAGAGCCUGAGGAGGAGGACGAGUGUUGGUUUUUUUUUUCGUCUUUUUUCAUCUCCCAACAUGAAAUGGGAAAGUGUUGAUAGCUAUCAAUAAAAAGGAGACUAGUGCAUGCUGUGACGCGAUUCCCCGACCACACAAUUUGAGUCUCUGUUUCAAACACACCUGUUCACGAGGCAGCUCACGAACUGGAGAACAUGCGUGCUAUUGUGCAAAACACAGAAACAUCAGAAUCUUGGCUAUCAAGAGGUUUCAUAAAGAAGUCACCAUGGCAGAGUUAACCACCGAUUUCCUGAUGAACUCGUUUACUUCCUAUAAAUGAGGAAUUGACAUAAGGAGAAAGUUGAUAAAUUGUUACAUCCAAUAUUUCUUCUGGAACUAAACUUUUCCAGGGCCAGCAUUGGUGCCACGGUAAUUUGUGGCAGGAUGUCUCUCAAAAGAUAGUUUCCAGGGGUUGGAUAUAUAAAAUUGCCUUACACUUAAAGAUAAUUUUACAGUGAGACAAAAAGAAACUUGUCUUUUCAUCACCAUGAAGAAGGGCUGAUUGUCAUGAGUCUGUAGUUGUUUCUACAGGGUGUUUGAAAAGUCAGGAACCACUGGGAAUAUGUUGAGCAAAAUCCGCGAAAACAUGAUCUAGCAGCUGAGAAAAUGCAUAGAGCGUAAGGGUGAACAUGUAGCGCAUAUGUUGUAAAUAAUAAAUACAAGAUUAAGUAAGUAUGUAAGUCUCAUUGGUUCCUGACUUUUCAGACACUCUACACUUUUAAAUCUACUUGUUUAGUGUUUUCUAUUGUUUCCUUGUUUCAGAAUGUAUUAAAAGAGUGUAUAAGUUAUUUCUGAAUGAAUUGUUUGAGUUUUGUAUUUUAAAUUUGUGAUUAAUAAUGUAUUCUUUGGGUGAAGACAAUGCCAGAGGGAAUCUUGUAAUAGAUAAUAAAGGUCACAAACGAAGACUUAAAAACUCCAAAUAUGUGUUCCACUCAUCUCAUAUGUGCACGCCUUCUCAGAAUUGUUCUGUACAAUGAGUUGCUUUUGUAACCCUCUCAAUAGUAAAUGUGUAGUCUUACUGUGAGUCCGUAAUAGAGCUGAGUUGUUUAGUUUCUCUGGCCU